AUGAUAAUACCAGUGCGUUUGCACAUUAGUUUUGUUGCGCUGGUUGUAUUUAAUGUCGUAAAAUUACAGGCUUCGCAAGUAUGCGAUCGUGGAGUAGUCCCUGGCCGGAAUUACUUGAUGUACGAUUUGAAUCCUGCCGAAGGAUUUAAUUUACGUCGUGAUGUUUACAUACGGAUAGCAGUAUUCGUAAAAAAGCUCCAGCAGCAUGGGGACUGGGUUUUGGUGUUACCACCGUGGGGUCCACUCCCUCAUUGGAAAUCUAAAGACAUUGGAGAACAGCUCAAACUUCCAUGGAAAAAGUUCUUUAAUGUGGAGAGCCUUGUCAAGUAUGUAACUGUUAAGGAGCUUUCCGAUCUAUUAUCUGAAAAAAAGACAUUGCAGAUCAACAAGCUCAUCUAUUUGCAACAUUUUCAGGAUGGCUGGAAUGAUGGGAAAUGGGAAGAAAAAUACAAGUUCGAAAAAUGCAUACAAAAACCACCCUACUGGGAGACAAAGAGUGGGGUGAUAAAGGGCUGGUUCUGGGGGCAUGAAAAUAUUGAGGCCCAAAAUGUCAGCUGCCUUUCGUUCCAAGGCCACUAUGAGAAACUUUUGCCAAUACUCUCAAAGGAUUCCAAAUCAGCUGGAAAAAUGGUUAUGAUUGACAGAGGGGAGAUUCCUCUACAUGAUGACUAUGGAGGCGUCGAUUAUUGGAAGGCUCGAAGGAGUAUGCGAUAUUCAGAUCAUCUUUAUUCCUUGGCCAAUCAAUUCCGACGUGAAUUCCUUCAAUCCGAUGAUGAAAGUGACGCUACGUUGCUUCCGAGUGAUUGGAGAGAUGAAAGUGUCGACCUUAAAGCGAAAGGUGGAAACUACGUGUGUGGGCAUUUGAGGAGACAAGAUUUUCUUUACGGGAGAGCCAACGAUGUUCCCUCAUUAGAAUUCGCCGCAAAGCAGCUAGAAAAAAUUGCCCUACUUCUAGAUCUUCAAACUAUAUUCGUCGCCAGUGAUGGAACUAAUCAAGAAAUGGAAAAAUUGCGAAGCUACUUGUCUCCCAAGUUUCGAUUGGUUCUUUAUUUGCCCAGUUUUGAAACCCGCAAGGAGAUCCUUGACGGAGGAGUAGCCAUCGUUGAACAAAUCAUUUGCUCCAGAGCGAGGCAUUUUAUUGGGUCGUUUGAAUCGACGUUUUCGUUCCGCAUACAAGAGGAGCGAGAAAUAUUGGGUUUCCCAUCCAAUUCGACAUUCAACCGCUUUUGUGCUGAUGGCAGUAAUUCUUGUGAACAGCCAGCCAAGUGGAAAAAAGUUAUGUGA